AUGGGGAGAUAUCUGUCUAAUGAGGAACGAUUUGCUCUGGCCACUAAGUUUAAGAAGAUUGAGCUAGGCACUAUGUUCGUUCGUGAGUAUAGUUUGAAGUUUACUCGUCUUGUGAGGUUAAUACCACGUAUUAUGUCUGCAUGUGCUGCUGCGGCUAUGUCUCUUACUGGUACACUUUUUCCUUGGUUGGGUUCGUGGAACAACAAGAGAAUUAGAAGAGUGAGGAGAAAUUACAAAGGGAAAAAACAAGGUCAGGGAAACAACAAUCAGAGCAGAUUUUCGCAAUGUAACACCCAACAUUCAUCUGGAUGGAAGGAUCAUAUUUGUCAUUAUUGUUGUACAAGGGUUCAUAUCAAUAGAGAUUGUAUGAAGUGGUUUCAUGAAAUGGCUAACUCUUCUGGCCAGAGAAAUAAUUCAUCUGCUCCUGUUGCUGCUAAGAAUCCACCGCCUGGUAAUCCUAAUAAGACUCCUAAUGCUCGUGGUAAUGGGACUGGCUCAAAUCUUUCUUAUGUGUCACCAUAUUUUUCUCUUGAUUUUGGGGUGGAGCCUGAACUACUGUUAGAAUCCUUCUAUGUGGAUACCCUUGCUGGUGUUCCCGUUAUUGCAUCUACAGUUUAUAGAAACUGUGCAGUUGUAAUUAAAAAUCGUCAGACUAUAGCUGACUUGUUUAAACUAGAGAUGGUAGAUUUUGAUGUGAUUAUAGGUAUGGAUUGGUUGUCUGAGAGUUAUGAAAAUGUGGAUUGCCGACAUAAAUUUGUUCGGUUUAAAUUCCAUAAUGAACUACUUAUUGUGUGGAAAGGUGAAAUUGCUAAGCCUCGAGGUAUGUUUAUUUCUUAUCUUAAGGCUCAUAAAAUGAUCUCGAAAGGAUGUAUUUAUCAUCUAGUUGUUAUCAACGAUACUCAACCCGUAGUACCCGAAUUUGAGUUUGUUCCUAUAGUUAAUGAAUUUCCCGGAGUGUUUCCAGAAGACCUUCCGGGCAUUCCGCCUGAUAGAGUUAUUGAUUUCGGAAUUGAUAUUAUUUUUGAUACUCAAUCCAUCUCUGUUCCACCAUAUCGGAUGGCUCCGGCAGAGCUAAGAGAAUUGAACGAUCAGUUGAAGGACUUGUUAGAUAAAGGUUUUAUUCGACUAAGUACCUCACCUUAG